CCAGAAAACAGUUGUAAAAUGAACGUUGAAGGCUUAAGUUGUAUUUGAACAAUUUUCUGCAGAAAAAAAUGUUAAUUUUUAAAAGUGUUUUAGUGAUUUUAAUAAGUUUCCUAUUCAAGGAUAUAAAAAGUGAAGAAUUAUUAAAUCAAACAAAUGUUGAAAUUACAACUGAAGGUAUUGCUGUGGAGACAACGGCUCCAUCAUCCACAACAGCAUAUAGUUUAGUGGAGGAUAAAGAAUUAAUUUCCUUAACUUUGGGCAGUGUAGCAACAAAUAAUCAGGAACCGCCUGAUAUAUCUUCUUUGAAAAAGGAUUUAAAUUCUCAAAUAGAAAAUCUUUCAACUAACUCUAGUAUUACUGAAGAAACUUCUUCAUUUGCCACAACUUUAACACCAACAAAUGAAUACCAGGAUAAGGACACCACCUCCAGUUGGGAACUUAUAUAUCCAGAACAGAAUUCUUCAACUCUAGAACAAUUCUUUACCACUUCAACUACCGAAACUUCUAUAACAAAUUUGCCCAAAUAUUUUAAAGUUGAUGACGUUGUGAAUUGCCAAAAAUACUUUGGCACCUGUUUAAAACAAGUUCUCUCGAAUGUAGUUCCCAAACUUAAGGAUGGUAAUAAAUAUCUACAAAUACCUUCCUUGGACCACUUCAUUUCAACUCUACUGCCUUUCAAUAUAACAGUGGUCCCUUUACUGGCUACAUAA